AUGGCGGGGCGUGUGCGGCAACCCAUCGACAUCAAGGCCCUCGAGGCUUACAUAGAAAAGAAUGUGCCCGAGAUCAAGGUGCCGCUUGACGUGAAGCAGCCUCCCCCGCUGCAGUUCGGCUUCGGUCAAUCGAACCCAACAUACCAGCUCACCUCCAGCACGGGGCAGCGCUUCGUGAUGCGCAAGAAGCCCCCUGGAAAGCUGGUGUCCAAGACGGCGCACAAGGUCGAGCGCGAAUACCGCAUCAUCCACGCGCUCGAGCAGACAGAUGUCCCGGUGCCCAAGGCGUACUGCUUGUGCGAGGACGAGAGUAUCAUCGGCACGCCGUUUUACAUCAUGGAAUUCCUGGACGGGCGCAUCAUAGAAGACCCGGCCAUCCCCGGUGUCGAUCCGGCCACGCGCACCGAGAUGUGGAACGACGCCAUCCGCACACUGGCCAAGCUGCACCGCGUCGACCCGGCCAAGGUUGGCCUCGGAAACUUUGGCAAGAGUAAUGGCUUCUACAACCGCCAGCUCGCCACCUGGCAGACCAUAUGUGCGGCGCAGGCCAGCACUAAGGAUGUCGAGACUGGCGAGCCCGUCGGUGUGCUGCCGCACUUUGAGGAGACGAUCCGGUACUUCGGCAGUGCGGCAGCUCAGCCGCGGGACCGGGGAACUUUGAUUCAUGGAGACUACAAGAUCGAUAACCUCGUAUAUCACAAGACAGAGCCGAGAGUUAUCGGCAUUUUAGACUGGGAGAUGUCCACAAUCGGCCACCCCUUGUCAGAUCUCGCAAACUUCCUCACACCAUUCUACACCGCCCGCCUGCACUCAUCCGUCCUGUCCUCCUCCUCAUCGCCGUCAUCAUCAUCAGCAGCAGCACCAUCAUCAUCAUCAAACAAUGCCCUCACCCCCAUCGCCAACUCCCACGCGGGCUUCCUCCCCGGCGCGACGCCCGGCCUGCCCGCCCCGCCCGAGAUCGCCGCCCUGUACGCCACCACCGCGGGCUGGGGCCCCGGCCGGUGGGACGACUCGGAGCGCGAGCUGCGCUGGUCCCAGGCCUUCAACAUCUUCCGCCAGGCCGCCAUCUGCCAGGGCAUCGCGGCGCGCGCGGCCGCCCGCCAGGCCAGCAGCGAGGUGGCCAAGCGGUACGCGGACGCGCGGGCCCCGCUGGCCGAGUUCGCGUGGGUGCUGAUCCAGGAGGCCGAGGCCGAGGGCAAGAAGAGCAGGGCGAAGCUGUAG